CAGCCCUCUAAUAGCGAAGCCAUGGGUACUGUUGGCCUUCCGGGCUGUAAACGCAUACUGCUCUUGCUAAGCCACAGCGGCCGCGAGAAGCGGUUGACAGCUCAGCCCUCAGCGCUAAGGCCGCUGGGAAGCAGAAGGGCGGCGGGAGGAUGCUGCCCGCCCUGCCCUGCCCUGCUCUGCCCUGCCAGGCCCUCCGCGGGCGCACGGCCGCCUCCUCCCUCUCAGCGUGAGGAGAGCGGCGACAAAAGCGCCCGGUGCCUCCAGUGCCCCACGGCCGGCGGCGGGGCCGGGAGGACUCCAUUUCCCAGCGUGCCUCGCGGCCGGUCGCGGAACUGUGUUCAGAGCGGCAGUGGUCGAGCCGCUAUGGGGCACGUAGCGGGGCUCGCUGCGCUCCCGGCCUCCGCCGUCCUCCUACUCCUGCUCCGCUGCGCCACCGCCGCCUCGCUCGCCCCGCGCGGCUGCGAGCCGGGGCCCAACGAGAGACCCAUCGUCGGGAUACUGUCACAGGAGUGUCACUUUGAUGAGUUCCACAAAUUCGGAAGUUCGUACAUUGCGGCUUCGUAUGUGAAGUUCUUGGAGUCUGCUGGUGCCCGCAUCGUGCCAAUAAGAUUAAAUCUUUCAGAUGAAGAGUAUGAUAGAAUAUUCCACUCUAUUAAUGGGGUACUUUUUCCAGGAGGUGGUGUGGAUCUUAAGACUUCAGAAUAUUCCAGGGUUGCUAAGAUAUUUUACCGCAAGGCAUUAGAGGCUAAUGAUAAAGGAGAUUAUUUCCCAGUAUGGGGAACAUGUCUUGGACACGAGUUGCUGACAUAUCUCACAAGUGGUGAAAUUUUACUUGUUAAUACCAAGACAAAUGGUUUUUCACUCCCUUUGAACUUUACAUCAGCUGCAAAACGCAGUAGAUUAUUCAAGAACCUUCCCAAUGAUUUGUUACAUGCCUUUGCUAAUGAGCCGUUGACAUCAAACUUUCACGUGUGGAGCAUCUCCAUGGAGAAUUUCACAAAGAAUGAAAAGCUUUAUAAUUUCUAUAAUAUUCUGACCACUAACAUUGACAAUGAAGUGGAAUUUAUAUCUACCAUGGAAGCAUACAAAUACCCAAUUUAUGGUGUCCAGUGGCAUCCAGAAAAAAAUUCUUUUGAAUGGAAGAACUCAUCAGGCAUUCCACAUUCCUCAUCAGCUAUAAGAGCUGCACAUUACAUAGCUGACUUCUUCAUUAAUGAAGCCCGAAAGAGCCUGCACCGUUUCCCCAGUGAAGGUGAAGAAACAAAAGAAUUGAUUUAUAAUUAUACUCCAACUUACACAGGAACGUUUUCUUCAUUCCAGCAAGUCUAUUUUUUUGAUUGAGUAUCUCGUCAGAGGUGUGGCAUUGCUAUUGGUAAAUAGAAUUAUUUGCCUGCAUUGCAUAAUUAAGCUGAUAUAAUGCAGUGCACGUGACAGAAAGACAGAAUAAUUAUCUUAUUUUACAAUAACUUAUCCUGUGUUUCUUCUGUACUAUUGGACCACUAAUCUAAAAUUUUACAUUCUAGAUCAUAAUAAUUGUCUUGGGUUAUGCUUUAUUGCUACAGAAAAAUACAUUUUUCUUUUGGGAAAGGUUACUGAUUUUACCUAUGAAUUUGAACAUUUUCAGGUUUAGUACAAGGAAAAGCAUUGUAUUCUUAUUUCACAAUACGGAGAUUACCUCUGUACAAUGUUGUGUACUGUGAUAGCACUAGAGCUUUAGGUAUGUUGUAUAGUAAAAUCCUAUCCUUUUAAAUGAUUUAACAAAUGAGACCUUGGAUCUUGGACUUGUAAAUUUGUCUUGUACUUGUAACCAAGUUCUUGAAAAGGAUUAUUUUGUUACUUGAAAAAUUGUUCAAAAUCAUAACUAAACAUGAUAGCAAAGAGACACAGAAAGGAUGUGUUAUACCCGAUUUCUGAAACUUUAUGUUGUACAUUCAGUGUUGUUCAGAGAGCUUAUACCUCGCGAGGUCUAUGUAAAUGUGAAGAUGCACUGUAAAUUAGGUGUUGCAAAUAUCAGGUAAAAUAAGUGUGAAGAGCAUAGUUAUGUUCUGUUUCCACUUUCCAUUCUUUUGGAAUUCCAUUUUAUAUGCAUUCGAAGAGGCUGUUUGAGAGUAGCUGGAAUCAGCAGACAGACAGGAGACGCACACAAAGAAACAGAGGUCUGUAAAAGAAUGUAAACCUAACUUUUGCUUUAUACACACUCUAACUUCCUCUGUAGUUACUGAGUAGAAUUCUCAUUGUAGUUAAAGGUAGUUUUCCAUUAAUUGAGUGGAGACAGUAGUCUGCUUGUGUUUUGCUGGAUAGUUAAUACAGCUGGAAUUAAAAAGAAGUGAAUCUUAGAAAACUUAAAAAAAAACUUCGAUGUUGACAUAGUUUUGCAUUUGGUUCUAUUAGUGAAAAUUUUAUGUUGUGUUCAAAAACUAAGAUGAGACAAUCAACUAUAAUUCUACUUUCUUGCACAGUUUCCAAACCAUGUUAACAUCAGUGAGGACUUGGAGUUUAUGGAAAAAAAAAAAAACAGGUUCAUACCUCAGCUCUGUUUUGUAGUACCUUAAACUCUCCAGUACCUCACUCCAGAAGUAUUGCCUCCUAUUUAUUUACAUGGAAAUGACAAUAGGUAGAUACAAAGAGCAGAACAACGCUGCUUAAUAGAGCAAACUCUCAGCUAUGAAAUCCUAUUUUUUCAACACAGUCACAGUCAUUCGCUGAUUUGCGCAGAUGAGCCGAUUGAGGUGCUCUUCACUUUGUGAUGUGACAGCUGCGCAUGGCCGUCUGGAACAUGGUUGGUCUUUCAUAUCGCUGUAACCACUGCUGAAAUGCACCCACUGCCUCACUGUGCAUUCAGUGUUUGGUCUGCAUAAACUUUUGGCAAGAAUCAGUAAAUGUCUACGGGUGCAAUGUUUUCAGGGAUUCAAUUCCACCCGUUUUCUUCAUACUUGCAUGUCAGACACCAUUUUGUCAGACUGCCCCUCUGCUGCCAUGUGUCACACAGCAACGAAAUAUAUGGGAAUAUUGGCAGGAAGGCUUAGCUGCUUCGGCCAUACCACCAACAUCUGCCUUUGAUGUGGAGCCACGUAAUAAAAUAGGUGGAAUUACGUUCAGAGCAACCAUAUCUGUAUAAAGCUGGUAUGUUUCUCAGGGUUUUUAAUUAAAGGACUCUCUAGCUUGUUCUUUUUGACGAAACAGCUGCAUAAGAUAGAGAAUGUGAAAAGCAUUAAUUAAAAUAAUACAAGGAAACAUUAACUGUGACUACUAUAUGAACACUGCUUUGUAAUCACAAGCUUAGACAUGUUAUAGUGCAGAUUAUUUCUACAUUUGCCAAAUUCAGUAAAUUGAACUUUUUUUUAUGUGAAUAACUUUAUUAUAUUAACUGUAUUUUUUGGUUCCUGGGUAGAUCCAGUGUAAAAAGACAAUCUUGCUCUACAGUUGCAUAUAGAUGUGGCAGCUGAGAUGAGAUACUUACAAACAGACUCUAGCCAUCUGUUUCUUGUUCAGACUGAGUUCCUUAGAAUAACUCUAAGGAUUUGCCUGAGUAAGAAGGGCAGGAUUUAGCCUUAAAAACAGGGACCAACUUGGCAAGUGAAAUGUCUGCCAACUGCUUUAGGAGUAAUUAGUUCCUAAGUGUGCAACUUCAAGGAGUAUUGUGUGUAAUAUGGUAAGAGAGCAGUGUAUUUACUAUGAACUUGUGUCUUUCCUUUGCAUCCUUUAUCUUGUAAGGUCUCUCUUGGUGCUAUCAGUGAUUGUUUUUUCUAUGAUAAUCUAAAUAAAGUUUAUUCAAGUA